AUGUCUUCGGCAAACUACCCUCUACGCCAGUCUGGCAUCUACCGCAAUCUGCCACAAUUCGACCCAAGCAUCAAGAACCUGAAAGCCAUCAUCUGCGGCGCGACUGGCAUAUCUGGCUUCAACGCCUUGCGCGCCCUGCGGGACACUCCUGAUCGGUGGUCAAAAGUCUAUACCCUAUCUCGCUCCCCUCUGAAGCAGGAAAUGCUGAAUCUGCUCACGGAGAAGCAAAGAUGCAAGAUACAGCACGUCUCAGUGGACCUCACCUCAUCUGGAGAUUCAGUCGCCAAGUCGUUAAAGGACGCCGGAGUCGACGCGGAUUACGUCUUCUUCUAUUCGUAUCUACAGCCGAAGACCGGCGAGUCCGGGAUGAGUGCCAAUCUGGCCAAGGCGUUGGUAGAGGCCAAUGUGCCGCUCCUCGACAACUUCCUCCAGAGUCUGCCAAAGGCGGGCAUCAAGCCAAAGCGUAUCCUCCUUCAGACGACAGUGCUCGGCCAUUGA